CUUCGUAAUGAAGAAAGAGAAGCUGCCCAUGCCUGAGUUUCAUCUUCACCGGAUCGCCACCGAAGGCACUCACUAAAACCUAAGUCCUCUUUAGAUAGCCACUGAAAAUACCACGUGAUUCCAACGACCAAAAUACCAAAGUCCAUAAAUAAGUAUAUUAUAAAGAAAAACAUUUAUUUACUUCCACCUAUCGAUCGAUACCCAAAAAAGCAAAUGACCAAACUACCCAACAACCUUGCCUAUGCCUAUGCCUAUUUGUAUAAGUAUAACACACAGCCUCUUCUUUUUCACCCACAAACAACAAAACAUGGCUUUCACAAAAAUUGUCUCAGUCAUUUUCCUUUGCCUCUUAGGUCCUUGUAUAGGUGUUGGAACCACUAGCUCUGGUGGAUCAGUCAGUAGCAUUGUGACACAAGGUUUCUUUAACAACAUUAUCAACCAAGCCGGUAAUGGCUGCACGAGAAAAAGAUUAUACACCCGCGACUCUUUCAUUGACGCUGCUAAUAGUUUUCCCAACUUUGCUAGUUCCGUUACUAGACGUGAAAUUGCUACCAUGUUUGCUCAUGUCACUCACGAGACCGGCCACUUCUGCUACAUAGAAGAAACAAAGAAAAAGUCACGUGGCAGGUGCGACGAGAACGUAGAGCAAAAACCAUGUCCAUCGCCGAGAAAAGGUCACUCCGGUCGUGGUCAGAGCCUCGGUCUCGACCUUCUAAGCCAGCCUGAGCUUGUGGGUAGCAACCCAACUGUAGCUUUCACGAAGGGUUUGUCGUUUUGGAUUAAUAGUGUAAGGCCGGUACUGAACCAAGGAUUUGGAGCCACAAUAAGAGCCAUCAAUGGGAUGGAAUGUAACGGUGGGAAUUCAGGUGCUGUCAACGCAAGGAUUGGGUACUAUAGAGACUAUUGUAGACAACUUGGUGUGGAUCCUGGUCCUAACCUUAGUUGCUAAAAAUUUCUUCAAAUGCAAACUCGCAUACACGUGACGUGUCACGUGAUAAUGCGGAAUAAGAAGUUAGAUAUAAAAUAAAGUUAAAUUUCAUACGUAUGUCCGGCAGAAAUCAAACCGGACAAAGAUUCAAAUCGCAAGUACAUGGAUUAACGUUUUGUAACUGUUAUUGUAUCAAUUUGUUAAUAAGAGGAGAAUUGGUCUUACU